AUGGCUGCCCCAACCUCUGGUUGUGCAGAUGAGACUCUUGACAAUUUUGUGCACAGUCUGCGGCAAGUUAUGCGCUCGCUUUCCCCGGUUCCACCUCGAACUCUAACGACUGAUUCUUAUGUCGAAAAAGCCUUGGACAACUGCACUCAUGUGUUCGUUCGGUGUAACCAUGUGCGCCAGCCGCUGGAAUCACCAUACAAAGGGCCGUUCCUUGUGCUCGCACGCAACACCAAGACCUGUCGGAUACAUCGCGGUGACGAGGAGGAUGUGCUCAGUGUCGAUCGGGUCAAGGCUGCUGUCGCAGAGGAGUCGCCGGACCUGCCUCAAGGAGAAGACUGUGCUGACUUCCUACCCGGGGAUCCUCCACCUUCCCAACCCUCCCUUACCCCGCUUUCCCCCACCGCCUCCGACCCCAUCUCUUUCAAUGCCACUGGCAUUCACACCACUCCUAGCGGCCGCUGCGCCCACUUUCCCGACCUCCUUAUCAUUCAAGUGUAUUAA